ACACACCCGGAGGCACCGGGCCGGCAGGAAGGUCACUCCGACCGAGGUUGGGUGUCUCGGGGCGCUUUCCCCGCAGUCAUUGAUUCUCCCGCCAUGCCUUGGAUCUGGACUCUCCCACUUUUGGUGCUUACCUUUACUGUUGGAUCUUUGUCCAGAGUUACUGCCCAAGCUAUUGAUACCAAAUCUGAACUGAGGACAAAUGUGACUAAAACCGAGACUCGAUGCCAGGAAGGCCAGCAGCUUGGGGGUCAGUCCUGUGGUCCUCCAUGUCCACCUGGCACCAGAAAAUGUGCCAACUGUCCAAAUAAUGGGGUGGAACCAGUCUGCGAGCCCUGCCAAGAAGGAAAGGAAUACACAGACAAAGAACAUUAUUCUACGAAGUGCAGAAGAUGUGGAUCUUGUGAUGGAGGACAUGGUUUAGAAGUAGAAACAAAGUGUACCCAGACUCAGGAUACCAAGUGCAGAUGCAAACCAAACUUUUAUUGUAACACGUCUGGAUGUGAUCACUGCGACCCCUGCACCACAUGUGAGCAUGGAAUCAUCGAGAAGUGCACACCAACUAGCAAUACCAAAUGCAAAAAUGAAACUUUGGUUUCUAGAUCCAGUUUACACUGGCUGUGGAGCCUCCUCUUGAUUCUGGUUACUGGGGGGGUGAUAUUUUGGCUGUAUCACCGAUGGCAUGGAAAUCGUGGGCAUCAUGAAUAUCCACCCUUAAAUGAAGAAACAAUGUCUUUCAGAUGGAUAGAUGUGGACUUGAGUAAAUACAUCACUAGCAUUGCUGAACAAAUGACAAUAAAUCAAGUAAGAGAUUUUGUCCGGAAAAAUAAUAUCAGCGAAGCCAAAAUAGAUGAGAUCAAGAAUAACUAUCUCCAAGACACAGCUGAGCAGAAAGUCCAGCUGCUUCGUAAUUGGUAUCAAUUCCAUGGGAAGAAGGGCGCCUUUGACACUUUAAUCAAAAGUCUCAGGAAAGCCAAUCUUUGUGCUCUUGCAGAGAAAAUUCAGGACAUGGUCCAGACAGAUGCUGAAAAUUCAACUUCAAACACUAGACACGAAAAUGAACAACAAAGUUUGGCCUAGAGGGCUAAUGAACUCAGUUCUGACUAUGUACAAUCAAUAAAUUAAAAAAAUAAUGGGAAAACGGUUCUGUUUGUAGAAGGCAACAGAUAUGACUAAGACAAUUGCUAGGCUUUUGUGUGAUACAUUUUACUUUUUCUUUUGUUAGUUUUGUAGAGCUGUUGUAUUUAUACAUGUUGAAGAUCUCAUGAUUCUGCCUUCAAGAAUGUUUAAAAUCAAAUUGGAUAAACAGACUUUGUGAAGAAUAAGUACAAUGCCAUGUGAAGUUCCCCAAAAGAAGUAUAAACAGAGAAAAAGUUUAGUGCUAUGCUCUAGUAUCUAACAUGAUUCUGCAGGCCUCAGUGUCAUUAGUGUAUGUUAAGCUGACUCCAUCCUUGUAAAAACUGACCUUUUGUUACUAUGUCAAAGUCACUAGAAAAACUACUUUGCCUCUCCUCUACCUCCUCAAUGUUUACCAGUAUGAGAGGAGAAUAGUCAGGCAAAGCUGCAUGAUACUUGAAUACAGAAUUUAAUAAGUUCUUAUGUCCAAGAUCUUUGCAUAGAUUAUUGAUGGUUUAUUACAAAAUAUUUAUUUUGAAUUUGUAUGGGAAAAUACUAGUUAAGUUAUAUAAUGCUUGAAUAAUUGCUAUUUAUAUGGCGUUUUACAAAAUCGCAGAGCUUUGGACCUAAUUUCACCAGUUACAAUAUUCUUGUGCCUCUCUAGAAAUAAAAAGUUAAAGAUUGCAGAAAAAUUCCACAAAUGGAGGCAAUCAAAGGAUAGUAAAUGGUCACAUGCAAAAAACUGGUUUUCUCGCAUCAUGCUUUUUUCAUUCUUUCUCAAUGACAUGAUAGAGGUAAGAAAGAAAACAAUAGGUAUGAAAUGUGUUAUUACUACCUAAAUAAACAACACUGGAGUGAAAACAGGCUUUCUUUCCUACAUGGCAUCCUACCUACACUCAUAUCUCUCUGAGCCACGUGGAACAAACACAGGAACUUUAGAAGAAAAAAUACAGGAACUUUAGAAGAGUCUCCUCUAUCUGGGGCCCAAGCAUCCUCUUGGUCUCCUUCCCAGCCAAGGUUAUCUUAUUUGAAAGUUUCCCAACAAUGGUAACAAAUACAUGUGCAGGUUAGGAAUUGGAUUUGUGAAUGACUUUCCUCUCCACAUUCACUUAGAUUGCUCCAGACCUUGAAUUCCCUGUUUCCCAUUCACAAAGAUUCAGAACCACUUCUCUUUCAAGAUUUUCUUGAAGGCUAUCUCUUUAAGAGCUCUCUCUGGUGUUUCAGGCUAAAGUGACUUUUCUUAUUUUAGCAUUCUUGUAGGUGAGACUCCACCUGUUUUCAUUGGGGAUUAAAUUCUCUCAAUUUUUGUAAAAGAACUAAAGAUUAGUGUGUAAAGCACCUACUAGUGUCUCCUUCACUCAAAAAAAUGUUAGAUGUUACUCUGCCUAACAUUCUCAUUAUAAUCAUAUGUACACUAUACCACUUAAAGGCAGGAAAUCAGGAGUCACAUCUGAUUAAGCAUGUCAUCUAAGAAAAAGUUACUGCACAAAUGAACAUAUUUAAUAAAUUCUGAAUUCAUGCCCCAAACAGGGCAAACAUAAAAUGAAAUCUUAGUCUUUUAUUGAUUGAUGUCAUUUUGAAUUUUCAGUAUAACCUAACAGAUUAUGACUUUCCCCCUGAUUAUAAACCCCAGUAUGUCUAGCAGUUAAUAAACCUAAUACAUUUUUUGAGGGUGUGUGUCUGGUCAUGGGGCCUGA